AUGGAUGAGUCCAGGGAUUUCAUGGGCCUCGACUCGCUCCAGGCGCUGAUCUCGGACGGCUCGGCGUCGAAACUCGAGCAAGGAGUUGAAGUUGGCCUCAAAAUCCUCGGUGACGUGAAGGCGGCCUUCGCAAAUGCGAAAGGUGUCGCUGAGAUUGCUCAGUGGAUCAAAUCGAGUGAUAGGCUCCGCUCCCAGGUCGGAUAUGAGCGGACUGUAGUUGGAGUUGUUGGGAGCACUGGAGCCGGGAAGAGCUCAGUCAUCAACGCGGUUCUGGAUGAGGAGGGUCCCGUCCCGACAAACUGCAUGCGAGCUUGCACUGCAGUUAUCACCGAGCUUGCCUACAACUCUUCAGACCAACAAGAGGAGAGGUAUCGUGCGGAAAUUCAUUUCAUCACCGCCAAUGAGUGGGCCAACGAGCUUCGCAUUGUGCUCGAAGACAUCAAAACCAGCCCGGAUGUGUUCAGCACCGACUCCGCAAGCGCUGAUAGCGAGACCAGCAUUGCAUACGAUAAGAUACGCUCGGUGUACCCAUUUUUGAAGAGCGACGAAAUCAAAAAGGGCAAGUCUGUGCUCGAGGAAUUGAUUCAACACCCCUCGGUCAAGGGGCUUCUCGGCACGGUCACUCGGAUUGCAAGUCCCAGCUCUGAGAAAUUUCAUUCUCAUCUCAAGCAAUUCAUUGACUCCAAGGAGAAGACUCGGGGCAGGAAGAAGGAGCCGGAAGUUAUGGAGUAUUGGCCACUCGUAAAGGUCGUCAAGCUCUUUGUGCGGUCUCCCAUUCUCAAGACAGGCCUUGUCCUGGUCGACCUGAAUGCUCUGGACUUAUGGGUUGUUGCGCCCAUUACCCGUGCGGUCGAUGACAAGGUUUCCCAAACCCUGCUCGGAGAUUCGUUCAGACGUCAACUGCAGUUUGACGGCACAUAUUCCAAAGUCACCGUCAUAUGCUCGAAGGCAGAUGACAUAUCUGUCACGGAAGCGUUAAAGGCGAUGCGUGAGGAGGAACCGGCACACGGACUUCAUAAUCGGGCCAAGUUUCUCGAAUGUGAACGAGAAAAGCUCCAGGAGCCAUCCAGAAACCUGAAAGAGGUGAUUGACGAACUCAGCCACGUUAUGGAUGAAAAUCAAACCGAAAUUGGUGGUCUCAAAUCGGCCAUCCGGGGUCCAGAUGAUGAGGAUGGCCUCGUCCUUGUUUCAUCGCCGGGCUCCCGCAAGAGGACAACACGGCAAGCGGCGUUAGAAGCUCGCAAGCUUGCUUCGGAAACCGAGACCGAACAGGAGCGUAUUGCCAGAGAGGCCGCACAGGAGCGCCUGGAACAGAUCGAAAACCAGCAGACCAAGAUGCAUGCUGAGCGCAAAAAGUUGAAACAAGAGCUCCGGCCUAUUCAACGGAGACUGAAAGAGGUCAAAAAGGAGCUAAAAUCGCUCAACAAUCAGGUCAAGCUUGCCUGCGUCAAAUACCGAAAUGACUACAACUUCGACGAGACUCAGUUCAAAUGCGACUACGAAGCCAUUGCAAAAAAGCUUCCAGUAUAUUGCGUAUCCAGCAAAGCGUACCAGAAAAUAUCUGGCAGACUGGACAAGGAUGACGUGGUUGCAGGUUUCCUCAGCCUCGAAGAUACCGAAAUUCCGGCUCUGCAGAGGCAUGCGUUGGGAAUUGUCCAAGAGACACGGGCGUCGACAUGCCGCCGCUUCCUAAGCGACCUCAGCCAAUUCAUGAGUUCCCUCCAUCUCCAGGUUGUUCUCUCAGACCAACCGCUAAAACUAGCGGAUGGUUUGAGGAACAAAGAGAUCCAGGUUCUCGAUCAAAUGGUGGCUGACCUCCGAAAGGAUCUAUGUUCUACCGUUGAUCAGGCAUUCGCUCAAAUCGGGGAGAUAAUGGACCUGAACAUUUUUCUCAAGUUUGCGUCGGCAGCUAGCCUCGCAUCCGACACAGCACCCUCAACGGUGAAUUCCUGGUUCUGUCGCAGGGAUGAAGGCGGACUCAGCUUUAUGACUUUCCGUGCCACUUGUGUCCGAGAUGGUGCAUUCAAAGGUGCGAAGGGGCCGAUGGAUUUCAAUAAAGCUCUUGCGGAACCCAUGAUGAAGUACAUGGCUCGGUCAUGGGAGUAUGUUUAUUCCAACUACUUCCCUGACCAACUCAAUGUACUUGGCGGAGACUUAGGAGGACAUCUGAUGGCUUUCCGGACACGGAUGGCUCUGCGCCCGCAGCUGAAGAAGGGCGCGUCCUUUGGCCUUGUGUCGCGUCAGGUCAAAAUACUGGAGGACACACUCAAAGACUCUGACGAGCUAUUGGCGCUGCUUGGAACUGGACAGAAAGAAGCCAACCGGCUUCUCAUUCCGCACGUCGCUGAAGCGAUGAAAAGCGCUUAUGCAGAUAUCCUUCAGGAGAAAGGCCCUGGUUGCUACGAUCGAAUGAAAGAUAUCAUGAGCAGCCACAUCUCGAUGUGGCGAGACACCAUGUUUAAAGGCGCCCUUCAAAAGGUUGAGAAUGCUCUCAGAGACACUCUUGCCAACCUCCGGUCCCGAGUCGACAACAAGGUCGAAGACAUUUUGUCCAUCAUCAGCAAGAACUACAGCGCGCUGUUGGCUGACCAAAACAUAUUCAAGGCUCUGGCUACUUCUCGGGAGGCGAUCCGGCUGGUGCUGGGCGAAGUUGAUGAGCAGUUCCAGCACGUCUUGCUCGCCCCAUCCCACCAAACUGCCAGUGUCCCGGACAAGAUUGCUGAGGCGGACGCAGCCACUGUGACUGUCAAGGAAGAGGAGCUCUCUGACGAUGGAUUAGGAGCACCAACUGGCGCCAAUGUGGGAGCCGAAAAGUCCGCAAUCCCGGAUCGGGAUGGCGGUGUUCAUAUGAGCAACGCUUGAGACCAUUCAUUUCUCGACACGGUGAUUGAAGCUUGGUUCUCCUGCGGGUUCUAAGCUCGAGCUGUCCCGAAACCGUCUUCAGGUUUGCCGUUUCUUCAACUAAUGCCUGAGGACUGUCACAUUUGGCCAAGUGUGGUCGUAUUAGGUCACCGGAUGUUUCUUCCCCUCAACUGUUUCAUUUCCUCUCUCUAUC